AUGUCGGGCCUUGAAAUAGCAGGCGUCGUUCUUGCAACGGUGCCGUUCAUCAUCGCUGCCCUGGAACACUACGCCACUGGCAUCGAAACUGCAAAACGAUACUUCUGCUACAAGCGGGAGGUGCAAUCCACCAUCCUCUCUCUUCAAACAUACUACACGAUAUUCACCAACACGCUAGAGCAGCUACUAGGAGGCAUUAUCAGAAUAGAGCACAUGGCCGAUUUCAUCUCAAAUCCAGGUGGCGACGUAUGGCAGGACGCGACCAUCGAUGCGAAGCUGCGCGAGAGGCUUCGAAAUGCAUACAAGGUCUAUUUCGAUAAUGUUACUGGGAUGGAAAAGUCGAUGAAAGAGAUCAUGAAAAAGCUUGGGCUCAAUGCGCAAGGAAAGCCGCAAGAUUCCGACCCAAGUCACUUCAAGAAAGAAUUACGCAAACUGCAGUUUUCUCUUACGAAAGCCAGAUACUCUGAGCAGCUCGAAAAUCUAAAUAAAUGCAACGAUGCUCUGACGCAACUCACAAGGCAAUCGUUGGAUCUUGAAUCCUCUCGGUCCGAAAAGACGUCUCUUGUUUGUCCAAACUUUGAUGCGCUUCGAAGCUACGCCCGCAAUCUCUUCGACACGUUGAGAUGUAGUUUGAAAUGCAGCUGCAACGAUCACGCUGUUAAACUUCGUUUGGAAAGCAGGAGUGAUAAGACCGAUAGGGAAGAUGACCUUCUCGCAAAUACAUAUUUUCGCGUCAUCUUUACGCACAAUGUCACUUUGACAUUGUCUACAGAUGCCGCGUGGAAGGAGGCCGAUAUCCGAUGGAUCGCGGAAAAGCCACUUCGACUUCCCCUAGCACCACAGUCAACGCACUACAAGGCAGGCAAGGCAGCCCGAACAGUACGAUUCGAUACGUCCCACGAUCAGGCGAACAGUUCGACAAUCACGCUUACGGAUACAAGUACCAGUACCCUCAGCUCCAGCCUUCGAAUAGAAGAUCUUUGUAAAGCAAUCGAGGGUCUCCAUUUACAUCAAUCGCAGGCAAAUGUGUGCGCAGGGUAUCUAGUCGACAACCUCCAGCGCAAACAGGGGAUCUACCCAUGCCAGCUCCCGACUUCCCAGGACAACCAGAAGCAGUGGAGUGCGUAUACCUUGCGACAAAUUCUUACCCAGCCGGCCGGGACUGGGCCAAAAUUAGCGCUGGUCGACACAUACAAGAUAGCUCUUGAUCUGGCAUCGAGUGUACUGCAACUCUACGAGACCCCAUGGCUCAGCAAUGAUUGGAGCGAUGCCGAUGUCUACUUUGUGCAUCGCCCGGGCACUUCACUAGCUACCGCAUAUCAACAUCCGUUCAUCUACCGUGAUCUCUCAACUGCCACAAGUCAAGACUCCGUCACUCAGCUCCCGACCGACAGCCUGAUCAGAAACCAAGUUCUCUUCGCUCUAGGCGUAGUACUUAUUGAACUCUUGUAUGGAAUGCCUAUCGAAGAGCUACAAACGUCUCAAGAUGCCAGUAGUAGCUCAGGCAUAGCUUGGCGUGUCGCGGAACGAUUGAUUCGAGAGCAGCAAAUUGAGCUUCGAAGUGGGAUACACUAUGCAAACGCAGUGAGGAAAUGCAUUCGCUGCGACUUCGACAUGGCUCAGUGGAGGCUAGAAGACCACGACUUCCAGCAAGCAGUCUACAGCGGCGUGGUGGUGCCGCUAGAAAGGACGCUUCGGCAUUUCACUAGCAUUUGA